AUGAUAAGUUUAAUUAAAGGAAUUUGGCAAAAGUAUUUUGAUCCUCCUGUCUUUAAAAUUUUAAUUAUUGGAUUAGAUGGAGCUGGUAAAACAGUAAGUGUUUAUUAUAUAUAGACAUUAUUAAAUAAAUUAAAACAAUUAGCAAAACAUCCAUUUAUACAAUUUGAUAAAAUACCAAAAACUGUUGGUCUGAAUAUUACAGAGAUUGAUUAUAUGGCUUCUAAUAAAUCUAUAAAUAAGAAAUAUAAAGUAACUUAUUGGGAUUUAGGAGGGUCUCAAACCUAAAGAAGCAUCUGGAAAAAAUACUAUGGAGAAUGUCAUGGCAUAAUUUUUGUAGUAGAUGGAAAUAAAUCUGAGAGAUGGGAUGAAGUGAGAAACUGUUUUAAGUAUUUUAUACUUCUCAUAUUUUGGUGAGGUUUUAAGUGAUAAGGCUCAUGAUUAAGUACCAAUUUUGAUUUUAGUCAAUAAUCGACAGAAUAGAGAUAGUGGGAUUUGUAUUAAAAUAAAAGAAUUGAUCUAAAAUAAUACAGAUAGAUUUUUAAACAUUUAGGAAGUGAAUAUUGUAGAUAAGUAUAAAUUAAUAUCAUAUGCAGCACUAAUGUAGUUGAAUCUGUAAAAUUACUACACAAUGAGAUUGGGCAGUUAUUUCAGCUGUAUAAUUGA